CUGGAAAUCUAGCCGUCCCAUGGGAGGCCUUUGCUUUAAAGUACAAGAAGAUGAGCUGUGACGAAAUCAGAGAUGAAUUCAACAACAAUUUUUACGUUUCUCAGGUCGAGAAAGAUUUUCCAAUUGCCUACAUCUUUGUGGUGUACACCAAUGCAGGACAAGUAUUGCGACUGUUGAAGUCUAUAUACAGACCACAAAACUUGUACUGCAUUCACCCAGACGCAAGACAGGGCAAACGUUUCAAGGAAUUUUUCACGACUGUUGCAAAGUGCCUGGACAAUGUGUUUGUAGUCUCCAAGCCAGUAAAGGUGUACUAUGGGCACAUAUCCAUCACCAAUGCCCAGCUACAGUGCAUGCAGGAUCUGGAGAAAUACCCACAGUCCAGAUGGAGAUAUGUCAUCAAUCUCUGUGGAAGAGAGGUUCCAGUAAAGACCAACCGAGAGAUUGUGGAAUCGCUCAUGAAACUCAGAGGCUACUCGCCCUAG